AUGCAUGUACCUCUGCCCUUUGUUCUCCUGGCCUCUUUGGCCAGCGCCGCCGACAGCCUAUUCGGAAACUUCGCCGUCAACGAUGUAGUCUUCGGACUUAAUCUGACGUUUGGGGGCAGCCACCACGACGGGGUUGUAUUUCGAGGCGGUGAAAGUAACUACUACUGGCUCAUUAAAGCGGUCGCACAGGGCAUCAAAUCAUGGCACACCAUACGAAAAUACUCUGAUGUUGUGGGUGGCCAUCUCUACAUCCAUUUCAACGAACCCAAAGCCGGAGCGGUUGCAAGGACCACCACGGGUACCGGUUCAAUCUUCGAGUUCGAGUACGUUGGUGAAGCUCUCUUCCGGUUUGCAUCGAUCGACUCUCCGGCCACAAACCCGAAGCUGGUAUGGACAGUCGCAAACAACGAUUCCGAUAGCCAUCCCGAUCUCUAUUUGACACUACAGCCCGAUAGAAACUCGCGCUAUCAACGCUUCAGCAUCAUCAACUACCCUAUUAGCCCUUGA